UACUCCCCCCCACCUCUCUCUCUUUGCCGCUUUUAAAUCCUUUCAAACAAAAAAGAUGCUCUGACCACACACAGAGCGACAUGAAUUCCGAUCUCUCUCUGUUCGAAAUUGCCGGCGAAGACGACUCACUCCUCCACCCCACUCCACUCGCCGCCGCCGCCACCGCCGACGACGCCUUCUUCCUCGUCUCGCCUCUCCAGCCUCCCAGAUCCAGACCCAAAGAGGUUGCGAAAGCGAAUGUGGAUAGAGAUAGGGAUGGUAUGAAUAAACAGAACACUAACCUGAACAAGAUCGAAGAAAACAAAUUUAGUCUCCAGCCGCAGCAAAUGAAGAGGAAGAAGAAAGGAGGGUUCAAUAUGCGCAAAAGCCUCGCUUGGGAUCGAGCUUUCUUUGAGGAAGAAGGUGUAUUGAAUUCCGAAGAACUAUCCAUGAUCACUGGGAGUGGAAAUUUUAACUCUAGUGGGUCGUUGUCAGUAAUCGAGGAAGAGGCUAGCUGUGGUGGUGAUUCGGCAUAUCUUCAGGACCUUGAGGAAAACAUAUUUAAGGUGAUUCCGGGAAGUACGCCGAAGAAAGAUAGGAUUAGUGGUGGUAGUCCAUUGCCAAAGCAUGCUUCACCAGCUAGGGAUAAUGCAGUCCCUGGUUCUGCGGGCAGGCGGAAGGUGCUUUCGGCACAUGAUAGCAAUAGAAGUGGUUCAAAACGCAGUGGUUGCCCUCGGCCUAUGGCGUCUUCUUCAUAUCCUUUUGACUAA